CGAGAUCUAUAUCCCUCAUUUCCUCUCCCCCUGACGUGCUCAACAUUCGCCGAGGCAUCUUGCAAGCGGCUAACAAUUCGACCAAAAAACAUCGACUGGGAUUUCACUCUCAUGCAGGCAUGAGACUAUUUUCAUCACUAUAAGUCCAUCCACCCAAAUAACUACCCCGAGCAGUCGAAAACGCUCACAUUUGUGCAAGCAUUCUACUACCAUGGCUAUGGACGCAGCUGCGAAGCGCUUCUUCGCCACACCCACGUUCGCCGUGGCCGGUGCCAGUCAGGAUAAGGCCAAGUUCGGCUAUAAAAUCUUUGCGUGGUAUCAUCAACACUCGCUACCUGUGGUGCCGCUUAAUCCAUCUCGGCCCUCCAUUUCCGUUCCGUCAAAGACUUACGACACAGUCUCCAACGUGGCCUCUCUUUCAAAUCCGGCACAGACGGCCUUGUCGAUUAUUACGCCCCCGCCAGUCACGCGGAAAUUGUUGCAGGAGGCCAAAGCAGCAGGUAUCAAGGCCGUCUGGUUUCAGCCAGGCAGCUUUGAGGACGAGGAUCUGAAGUUCGCCAAGGAGAACUUUGAAAGUGCCGUUGGUGGCUUCGAGGACGGCACUGUCGGUGGGGAAGGCUGGUGUGUCCUAGUGGAUGGAGAGAAUGCAUUGGAUGCGGCUGGGAGGAAAUGGCAGAGGCAGAAACUGUAGGUGAUUACACGCUUGCGCGAUUGAAUGAACAUAUGUAAGAGCUGCGUCGACUUCAGCAUACUCGGAGUAGUCUCAUCUAUCCGUCCUUGUCCCUCACUCUCCAACUACUCAGCAACACUCUUUCGAUGCCCAAAG